CUUUAUAAGUGACCUGCUACACAAAAGUAACAUUCUAAGAAGUAAUGUUUCGAGCUUUCCUUCAUACCACUUCAGCGAGGGCUGGCCUUAGUGCAAGCCCUUUGAACCGUCGCAGCCUGUCAUAUGCGUCUCAACACUCAGUAUUUCCAGCUACAUUAUACCGGUUUCAAAUCCACCGUAGAUCAGAUCUCUAUGACAGACGGCUAGAGCAAGACGACUGGGAAUAUGAAGAUGGAGUUGAGGUUUCUGAAGACGAUGGACUGGUGCGUCCGAAGGUUGCACCGCGUGUUUCAAACGGAGCCUUGUUUAUGCCGAAUACGCACUUUAUGCAAGAGAUAACGCGAAGAUCCUUCGAUAACUACUUGGAUGGUGUCGACAGUGGCAAGCCCACGGCUGAGCCCCAUUAUCUUUGCAUCCCGCAAGGGACUUCCAUCCCAAAUGCCUUGACUCUAUUCCGUGAACAGGCGUCUCGAUUCUCCCUGCAACCAUCGUAUCCCAUGACAUUGGCCGCGUUGAACGAGGCUCUCACUAAGUUCUAUUCUGAGUCUGGUCAUGUCAUUGCCGCCGAAGAAUGGUUGGAUAAGAAUCCGUAUCAUGAGGCGGGAUUUGAUGAUUCUGAGGACUGGAUGAGCAAGUGACAGAUCAUGCUACAAUCUUGGUUCUGCCUGGGACAAUGAAUUGUGUUAGUGUAGUCCCUCUGAGCAAUUACCUAGCUGCUCAUUCUGUCCAGGCGGCAAGGAGUGGGCAGUGUAUCCAGUACUAUUGUCACUAGCAAGUAUUACGUGAAAUAGAAACAUAAUAGCUGACUGUUGAAAUAUGGCUGAAAACAUGAGCACAGCAGCACCUCCUAUUUCAGGGAUUGUAGCAUAUCCACCAUGCCUAGCCGCCUAAUCUAGUCCUUGUCACAACCUUAUUCGGUUGCUUGAGGAUACCGCUGCUGCCGCUCUUCCUUGGUCAAACAUUCCCCCUUCGAGUUCAGAAAGUCCGUGAUUUUGGCGUUCAACUCUGGUUUGAUAAGUAUUUCUCCUAGCUAGAUGCUAAGUAGCGUGUCUCACCUUCUACUGUCAUCUCUCUGCUCGCCUGCAAUGAGUAAUGAUCACCAAAUUCAUGAACAAGGAUAAGGUCAUCGGAGUGUUCAGUUCCUGUUUCCUCUCAGAUCAGCUCAGGCUAAUAAAACAGAAUCUGCAACAAACCGGCAGGAACUGAAUAAACAUAGACAGUAGAUCCCUUGAACGACUGGACAAGGUUCUGCUGCGUUACAGAAUUCGGGCGCAUUGAAGCACCAUUUGGCCCUGGACAAAAACGUUAGAACUCUUGUCAUUAUUACAGUAAGGGGGGCUUAUCGUCACAUUCAUAUGUGUCAGGAUUCAAGGCCUUCGGCUGGGCCUUUCCAGCGAUCGUCAGAAGGUCAAAGCUGCGCUGCGGUCUCAAAGGGCCCGGCUGA